ACAUAGAUAUAUAUUUAUCCUUUUUUUUUUUAAUAGUCAUUUAUAGAAAAUACAUUUAGAAGCUCUGAAAUUAAAUCAAUAAGCAACACCAAUAACGUUACAUUAGAAGUUAUCAGAGACUUAGAAUCGGAUACUAAAUAUACGGUUGGAGUUUUGUUAAUUGCAGAUGAUGGAAAUUUCAAUGAACAAGAUAUAGUAUAUGGUCAAUAUAAAACUCCGUGUAUGCAGCCACAAAUUACUGAUUAUAACAUACAAUUAAUGAGUGGAAUACAGAGCAUCAACAUAACAUGGAACAUAAGUAUCUCAAAUCGACUAGAAUGCAAUAUCACGAAAUAUGUUUUGACGUUAGUUUCAAAUCAAGCACAAAAUAAAAAAUUUCUUGUAAAAGAAAUAGUAUCAAGUACAGAUAGUGGUCACGUUUUGGAUAAUCUUCUUCUGGGCGUUAAAUAUAACAUAAAAUUAACUCCUUCGACAAGUAAUGGGACGUUGCCAUCCUCGCCUCUAUAUUCAAUCAGUACUCUUAUGACAAAAAAUGACGUUCAAAUAAAAAAUAUUUCCACUAAAUAUGAAAAUGGAAAAAUCAAAGUAAACUGGAUAUUGGUAAAUUCUCAUCAAAAAUACACUCCAGUCGAAGAGCCAAUAACAUCAAUCAUCAAAUAUAAACUGAAACGAAUUCUCAGCUGUUCCUUAAGAGAAGUAGAACAAAAUUGGACGUCAAUAUCAAUUUUUAAUCGAACCGACUAUGAAAUUUUCGAUACAGUGCCGAACUCCCAAUAUAGUAUACAAGUUUCGGUUCACGUCAAAGCCAAAAAAAAUACUCAACAAGAAAAUAUGAUUCAUGCAUUAACACCAGCAUCAAAUCCAAAAACUGAACCAAUCUUAGAUCCUGAUCAUCCAAUGUGUAUCACUAAUAACUCUAUAUUUGUUCAAUGGAAAUUUGAUCCCGAAAAUUGCUCAAAACUAAAUGGAUUUUUGUCUCAAUUCUAUAUAGAAUUAAAGGAUAAGGUUGAUGGCAUUUUACAAAUAAGGGAAACGAAAAAUAAUUACAUUAGCAUUAAUGAGCUUAAAUCAAACACAGCUUAUGAACUGAAAAUAUUUAUAAAAACACACUUUGGUUAUAACCCAGAUCAUUUCUACUCAUCAAUUUCAAGACUAAAUUUGAAAAUUUAAAACCAGUAGAAGAUUUAGUGGUUUAUAAAAAGAGUCUAAAGAAUCGUAUGGUAGGACUUCGCUGGAGUUAUUCACAAGAUACAAAUAUAGACGGAUUUAUAGUUUCGUUUAAUGAGAAUCCUUUAAUAAACA